AUGAAGACCAAAAUACAUGGAGGCAGGAUUGUCGUCGCUAUUGAUGUUUUCUUCUUGAAUCACCAUCAAUCAAUCCAAAGCCAAAACCAACGCCAAGUCCAUCGAUCACAAAUGGCCUCUUCUUCUCUCCUCACUUUCCACGCCCUCUUCCUCACCUCGCUCAUCGCCGCCGCCAUCUCCACGUCCGCCGCCUCGGCCGGCGGCAUCGACGGGCUCACCUGGAUGUCCGCCGCCGCCGCCUCCAGGGCGGGCCGGUGCGAGGGGUCGAUCGCGGAGUGCAUGGCCGAGCAGAACGGCGAGUUCGACAUGGACACGGAGGUGAACCGGCGGGUGCUGGCGACGACGCAGUACAUAAGCUACGGGGCGCUGCAGCGGAACACGGUGCCGUGCUCGCAGCGGGGCGCCUCCUACUACAACUGCCAGCCCGGCGCGCAGUCCAACCCUUACAGCCGCUCGUGCUCCGCCGUGACGCAGUGCCGCGGCUAAGCGAAACGAACCCACCGUCGAUCUAGAACUUCAAGUCUUCUCGGUUCCCUCUGCUUAAUCGACUUGCUCUAUCUGUCUAUCUAUUCUGCCAAUGCUGUAAUGUCGCUCUCGUUAUGGAUUGACACACCUGUGUGCUUGUUCUAUGUUCUUAUGCAUCUAAUUUUCAGGUUCCAUUCUAAUUUGUGUGCUAA